CAAGUUCCAUCAUAAUUCCAGAGAUGUACGUCAACGACAUCAUCAGCGGUGCGUGCAAGCCCAACAACGAGCCUGAGGUACUGAAGGAGUCUGCGUCGACAGCCUGGAUCGACGCCAACAACGUGCUCGGAGCCACAGCCAGUCACUUCGCUAUGGAUAUAGCUAUAAAGAAGGCCAAGGAGACAGGAGUAGCGUGGGUCACCGUCAAGGGGUCUAAUCACAAUGGCAUGGCUGGUUUCUGGGCGCAAAAGGCGGCAGACAAAGGACUGAUAGGAAUGGCUUUCACCAACACCUCCCCUCUCCUGGCGCCAACGAGGAGCAAACAGUCAGCAUUGGGCACGAAUCCGAUUUCCGUGGUGGCUCCAGCGUCUCAAGGAGAAUCUUUCUAUCUUGACAUGGCAACAACUGCGGUCGCUGUUGGAAAGAUUGAAAUGCAACGUCGGAAAGGGGAGCCACUGCCCGCCGGUUGGGCGCAAGGACCUGAUGGCAGAGAAACACGAGAUGCGGAUCUGGCAUUCGAAACUGGUUGUCUGAUGCCGUUAGGAGGUGGCGAGGGGACCUCCGGUUACAAAGGAUUUGGUCUCGCAGCAAUGGUGGAGCUGUUCUGUGGAAUAUCUGCUGGUGCCAACUACGGCCAUCACGUGCGGUCGUGGUCACACAGCGGUGACGGCGGGCCUGCUAACCUAGGGCACUGCUUCGUAGCUGUCGACCCUAAGUGCUUCGCUCCUGGUUUCGGAGACCGGCUCGCCGAAAGCAUACAGCAUUGGAGACAGCUGGAACCGACGGACCCUAACCUGCCAGUGCUGGCUCCAGGAGACAAGGAGAAGAAGGCAGCAGCCGAUGCCGACGCCUCAGGCACAGUCUCCUUCGUCAAGCAACAAAUUGAGUCCAGUGCCGCCUUAGCAGCAAGACUAAAAGUGAAACCCAUGGAAAUAGAAUUGGAAAAAUAGCGUCUCAAGGAUAUUAUCUUCACACCACUCUUUUUCCAACACAAGUGACUAUUUUCAACCAUAAUUAGCGACAUGAUACUUUUGAAGUAUUUAGUUCUGAUGUAUCGUUCAAUAUUCAAAGUUUUGCAUUUGGUGCGAGAUAUUUAACAUAUGCAUUUAAUGUUAACAUUUACUUAGAAUUUGAUUUAUUCAGAAGGGUGUUGUUCUUGGUAAAAUUAAUUAUUUUGUUAUUAAGUCUGAUACUGUUAGAGCUACUUGUGUAAGUAAAAUAAGUAUGAUGACUGGGUGUAAAAAGUAAAGCUUUUUGUCCGUCAGAUAGAUAAUUAAAAAGUUUUGGACACGUAUUUUUGUAAGAAUAAUAAAAAAAAUAUGUUGUAAUUAUUCGUUAAACUACAAGACAUUAAGAAAAAAAAUAGUCACCAUCCCUAUAUCAAAGCUAUAGUUGUGAAUUGUGAUUUGAAUCCAUGUUACCAUGUGUUUAUUGCAAGCUGUACUAUGAAGACAUUUAAUAACCAAUUAUAAUAGUAUUAAGUACUUACUUUACUAUAUAUCAUUCAAGUUUGACUAUCAGUAUGCUGAAUUCUUGCUUAAGAGCAUUUCAUAAUAUUAAAAAAGACCUAUGAUUUGGUGGAAGUUUGUAGGGGCUACCGUGACGUCGUAAAGAAGAUUAAUAUAAUCAAAGUUGUGACAGUGUGUCGAAUUAAACUCUAUUCCACACCUGCUAUUAGGUACUUUAAGAGGUAGAAGUUGACCCAAAGGUCUUGCUACGGUAAAUACUGUAAUACUGCUGCCUGUUGUAAAUACAAAGCCCGUUUGAGAAGAAUGUUGACGUGCCUUAUCAUAAAAUAUUUUUACAGCA